AUGGCACUUCCCAGCUUGACUGUAUGCGCAGUCAUCUUUGUUUCCUUGUUUGCUCUCUACAAAACCGUCAUCUAUCCGGCCUUUUUGUCUCCAUUGUCAAGGAUCCCGAAUGCUCACUGGACAAGUCCGAUAUCACCUGCUUGGAUCCUUUGGAAGAGGUUUAGGAGCCAGAACAACCGGACUAUUCAGGCAGCCCAUGAGAGACUUGGAUCCAUUGUGAGACUGGCGCCAUCCGAAAUCUCCGUGAAUUGCGUGGAAGGAGGAAUCAAAGCCGUUUACACGGGUGGCUUUGAGAAACAUGAGUGGUACCCUCGGGUGUUCGGGUCGUUUGGAACGGUCAGCAUGUUUACAAUGACUGGAGCCAAAGCCCAUUCGAGCCGUAAGAGGAUCUUGUCCAACAUCUACAGCAAAUCGUUUUUGCAAUCAUCGCCUCAUCUGCGUUUGAUCUCCGACAAAAUCAUAUUGGGUCGCCUCUUGCCGAUUAUCCAUGGAGUGGCAUCUUCUAGUACACCAAUUGAUGUCCACGAUAUCAACCAAGGAGUAACCAUGGACUUUAUCUCGCCUUAUCUAUUUGGCCUCGCAAACGGGACCAACUUCCUCCAGGACGAGUUAUGCAGGCGUAAAAUACUCCAUUUAUAUCAUUGCAGAAAGCCAUACGAAUUCUACCACCAGGAAGUUCCGGACCUUAUCCCAUUAGCAAAGUCCCUGGGCAUCCGUCUGAUACCAAAAUUCUGUGACGAAGCAAAUGAAGCGCUCGAUGCUUGGGCCCUAGGUCUAUACGAUAAGGCGGGACAGUUCAUCACAUCGAGCAAAUUGGAGGAGGAGCCUGUUGUUUUCAAGCAUUUGAAACAAGGCAUGGCAAAGCAAAUCCCAAGCGAAAAAGAUGACCGGAAAUCUUACGAGAAAGCCGCCAGCAAGCAACGAUUGGACAUGGCCUGUGAGCUAUUUGACCAUCUCACAGCUGGUUUCGAGACCAGUGCCGUCGUAUUGACCUAUCUGUUCUGGGAACUCUCCAGGCGCCCUGAUUUGCAAGAAGAGCUUCGCAAAGAAUUACUCACAUUGGAACCGAAAAUCGCUUAUCCUCGGGCAUCUGCAUCAACGGAGUUGCCCCCAUCAAAAAGGAUCGAUGCACUGCCCUUGCUAGAGGCGAUCGUUACAGAAACAUUACGCCGCCAUGCCGCAAUCCCGGGCAUCCAACCUCGAGUCACCCCAUCUCCAUCUUGCACUCUUGUCGGAUAUGAUAAUAUCCCUGCCAACACAAGAGUAAACACGCAAGCUUACUCGCUGCAUCGCAACCCAGAGGUCUUCCCAGACCCCGAGUCAUGGCAACCGCAAAGAUGGCUCAACGAGGGCAACUCACCAUCUGAUUUGGAAGAAAGAAGACGAUGGUUCUGGGCUUUUGGAAGUGGUGGAAGAAUGUGUGUAGGAAGUAACCUAGCUCUGCAAGAGAUUAAAUUAGUAGUCGCCGCUAUCUAUACCAAUUUUAGCAGCACAGUUGUCAAUGAUGACAAUAUCGAAGCUACUGAUGCCUAUACGGUACAACCCAGGGGGGAUAAAUUGAUACUAAAAUUCCAACAUGUCUAG